AUGGAUCCGGACUACCCGUGGCCUGACAAGUACCACGCGGAGGAGAAGGGUUUCCUCGCGUUCUUCUCCACGAGCAAGGAGAACCCGGGAAAGAAAGGCAAGCCCAUGAUGCUGCCGUUCGAGCGGCCGCUGGAAGACCUGGAGAAGCGGAUUAAAGAGGUUCGCGAUCUGGCGAAUAAAACGGGGAUGGACUUCACCGAGCAGAUUCACGAGCUGCAGGAGAAAUACGACCAGCUGAAGCGUGACAUCUACCUGCGCCUCACCCCGGUGCAACGUCUGGGCGUGGCGCGCCAUCCCAACCGUCCAACGUUCCUCGAUCACAUCCUCAACAUCACAGAUAAGUGGGUGGAGCUGCACGGCGAUCGCGGGGGUUACGACGACCCGGCGCUGGUGUGCGGGCUGGGGCGCAUCGACGGCAUGAGCUUCAUGUUCAUGGGGCACCAGAAGGGCCGCAACACCAACGAAAACAUCUACCGCAACUUCGGCAUGCCCUCGCCCAACGGGUACCGCAAGGCGCUGCGGCUGAUGCGGCAUGCGGAGCACCACGGCUUCCCUAUCGUCAUGUUCAUUGACACGCCUGGCGCUUACGCGGGCAUUCAGGCCGAGGAGCUGGGGCAGGGCGAGGCCAUAGCGCACAACCUGAGGGAGAUGUUUGGCCUCACAGUGCCCACCAUCUCAGUCGUGAUUGGGGAGGGCGGGUCUGGCGGCGCCCUCGCUAUAGGCUGCUGCAAUAAGAUGCUCAUGCUCGAAAACGCGGUGUAUUAUGUUGCCAGCCCUGAGGCUUGUGCCGCCAUUCUCUGGAAGACUGCUGCUGCUGCUCCCAAGGCCACAGACGCGCUGAGGAUCACAGCGCACGAGCUGCAGAAGCUGAACGUCGUGGAUGAAGUCAUUCCGGAGCCACUGGGGGGAGCCCAUGCUGACCCCGUCAAGACAUCCCUUGCCAUUCGGUCUGCUAUUCUCGUCAACAUGAAGGAGCUGCUGAAACUCAACAAGGAGGAGGUGAUACAGCAGCGGGUGGGCAAGUUCCGAACCAUAGGCGGCUUCACAGAGGGUGUGGCGGUCGACCCGGCCAAGAAGCGCGCCUUCAAGAAGAGAGACAAGGCCGCCCCCCUGCGCUCCUCCCCCACCUCGCCCUUCUCCCCACCCCGCUCCUCCUCCCAAGUCAACUCCAAGCCUGGAUGGCUGGAGUGGUUGGUUCUGCACAUAGAGCAGUACUUUCUCGGGGUGGAAAGCAGGGAUAGGAGUAAAGUCCUGCUGACGGUGGCGUCCGCAGGACAAACCGUCGUGACCGGACCCAACAACCCGGCGGUCAACCUGGACAAGGCCAAGGGCGAGAAUGGCGUGGCGACGGAGGUCCCUUCUGGCAUCGAGAAGGCGGCUGCUGCGGGCAACCUGGACAAGUUCGAGGGGACGACUAUCGUGAGUCCGAGCACGGACAGCAUACUGAUGGUGGAUGUGAAAGCGGCCGGAUGGAACAAAAUGAAGUGCCACAAGGACCUGGGCAAGCCCGGGGACGGCGCGUGCACGCCCGCCAACUGCAGCAAGGGCGGCAUCGCCGCCAAGUGGAAGACGUCGAACCUGCUCAAGAACAAGCUGGGCGUGGAGGUGUACGUGAAGGGCAACCCGCUGACGCUCAAGAAGGCGUCACCGCAGACGUGCUGCAACACGUGCGCGGGGUACAGCAGCUGCACGUACUGGCAAUACAUCCCCGAUAUAACCACCGACGGCAAGAAGACGGAGGGCGCGUGCUACCUGGUGCACGACAACAUCGACUACUCGUGCGGCGAGCUGACGGCGCAGUACGCGACGGAUUCGAAGCCCAUUGCGCUGCAGGUGCGCACGUGCGGCGAGUGCAACCCCGCGGCGAACGUCGUCAACGACCCGCAUCUGGUGGGCGCGUACGGGACGCACUUCGACUUCAACGGGCGGCCCGACAAGACGUUCUGCCUGCUGACGGACCGCGACCUGCACGUGAACAUGCUGCUGCGCGGGUACUACUCGGACGACACGGAGAAUGCGGCGCUCGUCGUUGACGGCAAGGCGGUGCACACGUGGAUCAAGGAGCUCGGCAUCAUCUGGUUCGCCAACGGCGCCGACCACAAGGUGCGGCUGGCGGCGCGCUCUGGCAAGCAGCAGGAGCGCGGUGACGGGUACAUGAAGACGAUCGAGAUCGACGGCGAGGAGAUCCCAAGGAUGAGCGUGGGCGACGAGGUGACGACUGAGGGCGGUCUGACUCUGCGAUUCGCGGCGCUGGAGAAGGAGGGCCCGUAUGACGUGGACUACUACACGCUCGCGAUCGACGGGCUCGUGGCGCUCGACCUGCGCCUGCGCGUCGCUAACCCCAAGCUGCAGACGCCCAGCGAGGCCGAGGCGCACAUCAACGUGGGGAUUGUCGAGCUGGAGCACACCGACGACGUGCACGGCGUGCUCGGCCAGACGUACCGCCCCGACCACGCUGCUCGUGCUGCCGAUUUCCAGCGGCUGAUCGCGAACCUGCACCGGCCGGUGUCGGCUGACAGCGCGGAGGGCGCCGGGUUCCUGGACGGCACUCCCCGGCUGUACGAGUCGAGCCCCGUGCUGUCCGUUGACUGCGCGCAAACCGAGUACCACCGCGCCAAGCAGCUCAGCCCUGUCGAGGAGUUCCCUAGGGAGCCCCUCAACUAA